AUGAAAGUUGAUUCGUCUUUUACUAACCACAGCAGGUCAUAUAACAGAUCUAAGUUAUUCCGCUAUGGUUUAUUUUGUUGCUCAUUUAUCAUGUUAAUCAUUUAUUCCUUAUCAGCAAUUUACCCCAAUAAAUCACCAACAGACUCACCACUACUACUACAACAAAUUCCACAAGAUCUCACUAGAUCAGAUCCAUAUGUUGCAUUACAUGUUGAUACAAAUGAUGAUCCAUUAUCUGAUAAAAUAGGCCAACCAGAUUUGCAUCCAUCUUUGGAACAUCUUCAUACUGGACAAAAAGCAAUGGUUGCAAGUGAUGUUCCAAUCUGUUCAACCAUGGGUAAAAACAUUUUAUUACGUGGAGGUAAUGCUGCAGAUUCUGCGAUCACGGUUGCAUUAUGUAUUGGAUCAGUAAAUUCACAUAGUUCUGGAAUAGGAGGUGGUGGAUUUAUUAUUAGUAGAAAUAAAGGAAAUGUAAUCAGUUUAGAUGCUAGAGAAAUGGCUCCAAAAUUAGCUCGUAAACAUAUGUAUGGGAAACUGGAAGUGUUAUCAAAAAUCGGUGGAUUAAGUAUUGCUAUUCCGGGUGAACUUAAAGGUUUAGAUGAAUUAUUCAAAUUACAUGGGUCAGGAAACUUAACGUGGAAACAAUUGUUUGAACCUGUUAUCGAGUUAAAUAGAAAUGGGUUUAAAUGCCUGAAAGUAUUUGAAACUGUAUUAGCAAAAGAAUAUGAAUUAGUGUUACUGAAAGUUCCCAGCUUAAAAGAAACUUGGGAUUUCAUUUUCAAAGAAAAUGGAAAAUUAAAAACUGAAGGUGAUUGGAUUAAAAGACCAAAUUAUGCAAACACUUUAGAGAUGAUUGCUAAUAAUGGAAGUUCUGAUAUAUUCUAUGAUCCAAAUGGUCCAAUUGUGCAAUCUUUAGUUUCAACUAUUCAAAAUUGGGGUGGUAUAAUAACUCCAAAAGAUUUUGCCAGUUAUAAAGUGAAUUUGGAAUCUCCUUUAGUAUCAACAAUUGAUAAUUACACUUUUUACACUUCCAAUGGGGUAUCAUCUGGGUUGGCAUUAUUAUCAGGAUUGAACUUUUUCAAUAGAGUGUAUGACAGUUCGGAUAAUAAGUCUCUUAUCACUCAUAAACUCAUUGAAAGUUUCAAAUGGUUGAGUUCAAUUAGAACAAGGUUUGGCGAUAUUGAUAAUCGUCAAGAAUUGAUUGAUAAAUAUAGCAAUAAUUCCUGGAUUGAUGAAUUAUUAAAUAAUGGGAAAUAUUCAGAUAAUACUACCUUUCCAUGGCAACAUUAUGAUCCAAAAUAUGAAAUUGUUGAACCUCAAGGUACUUCACAUUUUUCAAUUAUUGAUGAAAAUGAUAAUUCAAUAUCAAUGACAACAACGAUUAAUUUAUUAUUUGGAUCAAUGAUUUAUGAUCCUAAUACAGGAAUUAUUUUAAAUGAUGAAAUGGAUGAUUUUUCAUUACCUAAUUUGAAUAAUGCAUUUAAUUUAACUCCAUCGAUUUAUAAUUUUAUUUACCCUGGUAAAAGACCAUUAAGUUCAACAGCACCAACUAUAAUAAUUAAUAAUUUUACAAAUUUAACUGACUUUUUAAUUGGUGCUGCUGGUGGAAGUAGAAUUACAAGUGCUGUCUUACAAGCAAUUAUUAGAAUUUAUUAUUUGAAUCAUGAUUUAAUUGAAACCAUAUCCUUCCCAAGAUUACAUCAUCAACUAAUUCCUGAAAGUAUAAUGGUUGAAAACAUCACUGUUUUAAAUGAAGCCCAUGAUGGAAUUGUUGAUUAUUUACAAGGAUUAAAUCAUACAUUUCUUGAAACAGGUGCAUUGACUGCAAUGAAUGGUAUCAAGAGGGCAAAAGAUGGUAUGUUACAUGGUGUUUCUGAUUGGUGGAGAAAACGGGGUGAAGCUGAUGGAUAUUAA